AUGUCUUUAGAAGGCAAAGUUAUUGCUAUUACUGGAGGCGCCAGUGGCAUCGGGUUGGCUACAGCGAAUCUGAUCUCGAGCCGAGGCGCAACAGUCUGCCUUGCAGAUAUUGAUCCCGCCAGCAUCUCCGCAGCCGAAUCCCAUUUCACGGCUCGCAAAGUUCCCUUUUCUGUGACCCAAGUGGAUGUCUCGAAGCGACCGGAAGUCGAUGCAUGGGUUGAUGGCAUCGUCGAAAGAUUUGGAAAGUUGGAUGGAGCCGUAAAUUCCGCUGGAGUCAUCGGAAAACACCAUGGGAUCACUACGAUCACGGAGCUUGAGGAUGAUGAAUGGCAUAGGAUCAUCUCUGUAAACUUGACGGGCAUGAUGUACUCUUUGAGAGCAGAGUUGAGAAAGAUUUCGGAAGGAGGAUCGAUUGUCAAUCUCUCUUCCAUACAAGGCGUCAUGGGUUUCCCGGGUAGCGCAGCAUAUGUCACCAGUAAGCAUGGUGUCAUUGGCCUUACAAGGUCAGCGGCAAAGGAGAAUGGAUAUCGAAAUGUUCGAGUAAAUGCUGUUGCUCCGGGAUCUAUCAUUACUCCUUUGCUGAAAACGGCUCAAGAGGGAAACCCCGAUGAAGGCAGCGAUAACCCCGCCGUCAUCAAGCGGCCGGGCACUGCUGAAGAGAUGGCAAAUAUCAUUGCUUUCCUUGUGGGACCUGAGAGUUCUUAUGUCACAGGCUCAGUGUAUGGUGGUGAUGGCGGCUGGGACUGUUAA